AUGAUAACUUUAAUGGGGAAUAAAAAUAUAUUCAAACCUUCAACGUUUCCAAAAAGAAAGUGUAAGCAUGAACAAACAACAGCAGUGGCCAAACCACGAAAUUUGCGAUACAAACCGUCAAUUGAAGCAUUGAAUUUAUUGAAACAACAAACCAACCCGCUUGAAGGACCUUCAAGCGAGCAUGAUACAUCAUUGGAGUCAAAUAUCAGAGAAGGUCAAAGCAAAGAAAAUGAAUCUUUUAUCUCAGAAAUUUCUGAAGUUAGAGAUCAAGGUGCCCUGAUGGGAGGACUGCCAUUGGCAUUACCACCCAGUCUGAAUCUUUCAUUAGCCUCAAGAUCACACCAACUGCCUAUACUACCUCAUAUAAAUAUAGGGCAGAGUUUAACUCUUCCUUCAAGACAUAUUAGUGAAUAUUCUCCACCUCAACCACUAGAUUUUUUACAGGAAGCUACCGGAUCACAGGCUUUACAACAACCUUUAUCUGAACGACAAUUUAGACCCAUACAGCCACCACAGGGUCUGCAUAUAGCUCAACAAAACUUUCCACAACGACAUGAAGCUCAAUAUUAUUAUCCAUCACCUCAACACCAGCAGAGUCAAUCAUUUCAACCAAUGCACCAGUCACGAGCUGGGUCAUAUCCUCCACCUAUAAUUCCACUACAACAAAUGCCAGGGACGUACCCCCACAACCCUGAGUUUUAUCCCUCUUAUCAACACCCUCAAUUACCGCCACAACCACAAUACAUUCCAAUACAUAUGCAAAACUACUAUCAGCAUUCUAUGCCUUCUCUGUCGCUGGUACCUCCACAACACCAAAUCUACUACAAUGUAGUACCGUACACAAUGUCAGAUCCAUACGGUGGCAUUGUUGGCAUACCGCGAAAGUCUAAGCAAUCAUCUACAUGGUCGGCAGAAGAAGAUAAACUAUUACGAGAACUAAAAGAGGUUCAAAAGUUGGGGUGGAGAGAAAUAUCAACUUUUUUCCAUGAACGUACGCCAAAUGCUUGUCAGUUUAGAUGGAGAAGGAUUAUAAGUAAUCUUGAUGUCCGUUCAAAGGGAGCUAGUGCCGAGGCAUCUGAUAAGGAAAAGGAGCUGAAUGUUUCUUCAUUUUCUGAAACACAGACGGCUAUUCAGGAUGCACAAGAAAGCCAAAAACCACCACCUACUUCACAGCAUCGUGAUUCUCCUGAUGACGAUGAUGUUGAUGAGGCGAAUACAAACAAAAAAGGCCAUAAUCAGUCAAACAAGAUAGACUUUUUACUAAACUAA